CCCCCCCCCCCCCCCCCCCCCCCCCCCCCCCCCCCCCCCCCCCCCCCCCCCCCCCCCCCCCCCCCCCCCCCCCCCCCCCCCCCCCCCCCCCCCCCCCCCCCCCCCCCCCCCCCCCCCCCCCCCAAUCCUAUUUUGUUUCAGCAUUUGUUUUGGUUUUUUGGUCAUCCUGAAGUUUAUAUUUUGAUUGUUCCUGGGUUUGGUAUAAUUUCUCAGAUUGUUAUUAGAAUUUCUUUGAAGGGAGAAAUUUUUGGUUAUUUAGGUAUGGUUUAUGCUAUAAUUUCUAUUGGCCUACUUGGUUUUAUUGUUUGGGCUCAUCAUAUGUUUACUGUUGGUAUGGAUGUUGAUACUCGUGCUUAUUUUACUGCUGCAACUAUAGCUAUUGCUGUUCCAACUGGGAUUAAAAUUUUUAGUUGA